AUGUACAAUCGGGCGUUUCGCGCUCUGAUCCUGGUGCAACUACGGUCACACAAGACUUGCAAACGUGGAAGAGGCCUACAUUGGGCCGUCGUGGAUAUUGAUGUGCAGAUUAACAGAUGUAACGUAAGCGAUUUAGUGACUCGGUCCGAGUAUCAAGUGAAACAAUUUAGUCAGCCCUCAGAGGGUCGUCAUGAAGAGUCGAGAGCUUCAAGUGAACUAAUGCUUGUCAAGAUCCUAAAGCUAAUUUCUUUCAAGUACCUGCAGCAGGUUCCUACGAGAUCGAAAUCUUCGUUGGACGCAGACCCUCAUCACAUUCGGAGCGCAACAUCGACAACCCACGUGGUUCCAAGAGCUGUCCUGAAAUCUGUUGCCUGGCAGUUGUGGGAGAGUCUCAUGGGAGUUGAAGUGAGCAACAAUGAAAGAACUUCAAGAACAACGAAGAAGCUGAGAAAGAAUCAUUCUCGUCUUCUGCAAGCCGCAGCCGUUGCUUUGCACUCAACAGUGUUUCAGAAUAAUCACCAAUUCUUCACAACUAUACCGCCUACAGUUUCGUAUUUACCCAACCCAUUCAACUAUACAAAUGGAUCAAGAUCUUGGUUAUCUGUCAUGGAUUUUGACAAAAAUUCAGUGAGGAUGAAGAAAUGGAAAUUAGGUGUAGGAAUAGGAGAAGAUUUGCCUGCGAAGUAUCAAGAUGAUGAUCCCCUGAAGCAAGCACCUCGAAGAAGGUGCGGCAUUCUUUUACAUCCAACUUCAUUGCCAGGACCUAAUGGAAUUGGAGACUUCGGCAAGGACACGUAUAGAUUCUUAGAUUGGUUGAAAGAAACUGGAUGCACCGUCUGGCAGGUUUUGCCUUUAGUUCCUCCGGGAACAAGAGGAGGAGAAGAUGGUUCACCAUACGCCGGAUCUAAUGCCAAUUGUGGAAACACCUUACUCAUUUCUUUAGAGGAACUCGUGAAAGACGGAUUGUUGGAAAAAACUGAUCUGCCGAAACCUCUUCCAGUGAAACGUAUGGAUUCUUCCAAAGUCGCGGCUAUAAAAAAUCCUCUCAUAUUGAAAGCCGCAGCUAAACUUGUGAGCAAAAGCUCAGGAAAACUCAAAGAAGAGUUAGAAAGGUUCAGAAAGGACCCGAAGAUCUCUGUGUGGUUGGAAGAUGCAGCACUGUUUGCUUCUAUAGAUCAAUGCACACUCGCGAAGACGUGGUGGACGUGGCCAACUCAACUUCGAGACAGAGAUCCAAAUGCCAUGAAGACAGUCCGCAUAAAACACAAGAGCGACAUCGACAACUUCAUUGCAGCCCAAUUUCUCUUCCACCGUCAAUGGCAAUCCGUCCACAAGUACGCCAACGCCGCGGGCAUCAAAAUCCUCGGCGACAUGCCAAUAUACAUAGGAGGCCAUUCGGCAGACGUUUGGGCUCACAGGGCACUGUUCGAACUAGACCCAAAAACCGGAGUACCCAUGCAAGUCAGCGGCGUGCCGCCCGACGCGUUCAGUGCAACGGGGCAGUUGUGGGGGAGCCCUCUGUACAACUGGAAAGAAAUGGCCAAAGACAGAUACGCAUGGUGGGCCACGAGGCUACGACGGGCGUACGAGCUCUACGACGAGUUCCGAAUCGACCACUUCCGCGCAUUCGCAGGCUACUGGGCGAUCCCAGCCACGGCACAGAAUGCGAUGGGAGGGAAGUGGAAGGCAGGCCCGGGCAGCGCGUUCUUCACAGCCAUGAGAGAAGCCGUGGGCAAGAUCGACGUGAUCGCGGAGGACCUGGGCAUCAUCACAGGGGACGUGAUCGCCCUGCGGAAGGAGAUCAAGGCACCGGGCAUGGCGGUGCUGCAGUUCGCCUUCAGCGACAACGCCGCGAACCCCCAUCUCCCGCACAACCACGAGCUCGAUCAGGUCGUGUACCCCGGGACCCACGACAACGACACGUGUGUGGGGUGGUGGAAGAAGGCCAGCGACGCGGAGAAGCAGGUCGCGAGGGCCCAUCUUCGCUUCGAGGGCGACGCGGAUGUGCACUGGGAGUUCAUCCGCGGCGCUGUGGCGUCCGUGGCGCGCACCAGCAUCGUCUCCAUGCAAGACGUGAUGGGCUUGGACAGCGCGUCGCGCAUGAACAUCCCAGCGACGCAGGCCGGCAACUGGGGCUGGCGCGUCGGCGAGUCCGACGUCUUCGAGUCCCUCGGGGAGGAGACGUCGAGGCUGCGGGAGCUGAUGUGUCGGUACCACCGUGCCACGCUGGACGCGGAGAGCACCACGUCGAAGGGUGCCACGCGGGACAAGCGAUCCUCGCUGGAUGCGCUCGGGCGAGCCAUAAAGAACAUCAUUGGGGACAAACUCGGGAACUCGGGGAACAAUUCCAAUCUCGAAUGUCAAGGGAACAACAAUGGUGCGAAUCUGGAGAAACCCAAGGACAAACCCUAAAAAUCCUUUCCAGAUUAUAAGAACCCUAGAAAUUGAAGCAUUAAAUUAACCCUUAAUUGGUUGAUUAAAGCAAAGGAUAAGUUAAAUUUUACAAUUUUUUGCAGAAUAAGUGAUAUUAUUAUGGCUGAAAGGUUUUUUAGACAUGGGUUUUUUGACAAUAUCUUUUUGUUCUUGAUAUGGAUUUUUAUCAUUCAUUCACAAAUUUACACAUGUGCUAUUGAUAUUUUUAUUGUAUUACAUCUAUUAAUUAGUGUACAUUGCACUUUUUAGCGUU